AUGUUCGACUUCGCGAACAGGGGCGGGGCGAUCAAAGAUUGGUACUGCGCUGCCCCUCAGGGCAUGUGGAAGCAGCAGUCAUACCCUGGCAUUAAUGUCACGCUGCUUUGCGAGUCCACCGCCAUAUUUCACGAAGCGCGGGCGGAUAUUCAACAGUACUUCGAUCUGGAGGCGAAUCUGUUGGAGCAAGUGAAGCAGCUGGUGGACAUGCAGGCCGG